CCAGAAAUAGGUCAGGAGACCAUGGUGACCCACGAGGUGUCUGGACCCACACCUGGUAACAUGGUGGGGCCGCGGGACUUCGUUGGUGUUCGCUGUGCCAAGCGCCGGGGGUCCACGUGCUUCCUGGCAGGCAUGUCUACUCAGCACCCUACCAUGCCCGAACAGAGGGGCGUUGUCAGGGCGGAGAACGGACCAACAUGUACAGUGAUGCGGCCCAGUGCUGAUGAUCCAAACAAGACCAAGUUCACCUGGUUAUUAAGCAUAGAUUUAACGGGUUGGAUCCUAAAGACCAUCAUAAACAAAGUGCUCUCUCAGACACAAGUAGAUUUUGCCAAACACCUGAAGCAGAGGAUGGCCAGCAACAUUGAUUCUAUGGAGAUUGUGCCAGCCUGUUGACACACCAUCUGUCAUGCCCUCUGACCUUUCGAUUGGCGUGCACACCAAUGGCAGGCCACCAAAUGGACAGCUCUGCCCAGUCCUUAGGACAGAAUUGGAGUACAAUUGAGUGAAGCCUUGUUCUUCUGAACCCUGGCGCCAUUAACUGUCUAAAGUGGCUCUCUCCCUAUGUCCUUCUCUUCAUACCAAUCUCAAAGAACUGGUCUAUAUCCUCACCUAACCUGUUCACACACAAAUUCAGAUGAAGAGGAGAGACUAGGGAAGGACACUUAAGAGUAGAUGUGCCUAUUUUACACAGCACACACCCUCUUCUCAAAACAUGCACACAUUCCCCUUUACCACGGAGUCUGUGAUCCAAAUAACUUUUUUAUCCAGCCAUAGCACACAUUGUUAUUGUACUUUCAAUGUGAAAUGUUAUUUAAACAUUUUAUUUAUUGUAAAACAAUGUCAUUGCAUUACACUGGGUUAGGAUGAGUGCCAAGUGAAUAAAU